AUGACAACUUAUGGAGUAACACCACCAGUUUCAUUAGCCAAUCCAACACCUAAAGAAGUAACAUUGAAUGAUACUUUGGUUCAGGAAUUGAAAUCUCGAGGAUCUUUCGAGAACGAAGCAGCGGCCAGAAAGAGAAUCGAAGUGUUGAACACUAUUCAAAAGUUGACUGAAGAAUUCGUAUAUAAAGUAUCAAAGAAUAAGAACAUGUCAGAGGGAAUGGCCAAAGAUGCAGGGGGUAAAAUUUUCACUUAUGGUUCAUAUAGAUUGGGAGUCCAUGGACCAGGAUCUGAUAUUGAUACGUUAGUGGUGGUUCCCAAACAUGUUACCCGUGAAGAUUUUUUCGAAGUAUUUGGUGAAAUCUUGAAGAAGAGACCUGAAUUAGAAGAAAUGGCCCCAGUUCCAGAUGCAUUUGUCCCCAUUAUAAAGAUGGAAUUUGAUGGUAUCCCAAUUGAUUUGAUUUAUGCCAAGUUAGAUUUACCUAAAGUACCAAGAGAUUUAAAGCUUGAUGAUAAGAAUUUACUUCGGAACUUAGAUGAACGAGAUUUAAGAUCUUUGAAUGGUACUAGAGUUACCGAUGAAAUUUUAACUUUGGUGCCAAAACCAACAGUUUUCAAGCAUGCAUUAAGAUGCAUCAAAAUAUGGGCAAAAAGAAGAGCUAUUUAUGCUAAUGUGUUCGGAUUCCCUGGUGGGGUAGCUUGGGCAAUGUUAGUAGCAAGAAUAUGUCAACUUUACCCUAAUGCCGUAGGUGCUGUUAUAGUGGACAAAUUUUUCCAUAUAUAUUCCCAAUGGUCAUGGCCCCAACCGGUUUUAUUAAAACAAAUUGAAGAUGGUCCUUUACAAGUCAGAGUGUGGAACCCAAAAUUAUAUCCUAAUGAUAGAUUGCAUAAAAUGCCCGUAAUAACUCCAGCCUAUCCUUCAAUGUGUGCUACUCACAAUAUCACUGCAUCAACUCAAAAAAUCAUUAUAGAAGAAUUUAAAAGAGGAGCAGAAAUCAUGAACCAAGUAGUUGCUGGUGAAAAGACUUGGUCUGACUUAUUGGCUAAACAUAAUUAUUUCUUCCGUUACAAAUUUUAUUUAUGUGUAGUAGCUGCUACAAAAGACAAUUACGAAGAACAUCUUAAAUGGGCAGGGUUUAUUGAAAGUAGAUUGAGAAUCUUAGUGCAAAAACUAGAAGUAGUGGAAGGAGUUUCCAUUGUUCAUCCAUUUUUUGAAAUCUUCGCUCACUCUUUCAAAGCCAAAGACAAUACCAAAGCUGAUGAGUUGAUAGCUAAAUAUGGAACUCACGAUGGAGAUGCCGUAAUGAAAGAAUUAGAUAAAAUCGAAAACCCCAAUAAGGACGAAAUUAACGCUGAAGAUGUUCCAGUUCAUUUGACUAAAAUGUAUAUUGGUUUAGAUAUAAACUUAAACCCAAAAAGUGAUAAAAAGUUAGAUAUUCAAAAACCAUGUUCAGAAUUCUUCACCCUUUGCAAAGGUUGGGCCACUUAUAAAGAAGAAAGCAAUUUCAUUCAAAUUAAAAAUGUCAAAGUUUACGAUAUGCCUGAUGAUGUUUACGAUGAAGAUGAAACCAGACCCGUCAAACCUUCAAAGAGAAAGAAAGAUCCAUUGAAAGCUCAAAAUAAGAAACGCCCAAAGAGUGAAGUAGCUGCAGCUUAG